CCUCAUUCUUUGAAAAGGCCUUCAAUAUCACUAUGAAGUUUAUCCUCUUCUGGGUGACCUUGAACCUGCCUUGUGCUUUGACCUAUGACCCCGAUUACACCAAUACCAUCACUCCCCCCUACCUGGCCUACUUGAAGUCUGAUUACCUGCCCUGCGCUGGAGUCCUGAUCCACCCCCUGUGGGUGGUUGCCUCUGCCAGCUGCAACUUACCGAACCUUAAGGUGAUACUGGGGGUUACGAACCCCUCCAACCACAUGGAACGAAAUGUGCAGGUGGUCCGUGAGGAGAAGAUGAUUAACCACCCGUACUUCUCGAUCAUUUCUAUUGAGCACAAUCUGCUGUUAAUCAAGUUGGAAAGAUACAUCGGAGUCGACAACUACGUGAAACUGGCCAGCCUGCCCCGAGAACCAGCCCCCGAAAACGCCGUGUGCACCGUCUCCACCUGGGGCUACAACAGAUGCGACCUCUCCAAGGAGCCUGACUCACUGCAGAGCGUGAACAUCUCCGUGGUCCCCAAGGCUGAAUGCCAGGACGCCUAUCAAAGCCACAACAUCACGGAAAGCAUGCUGUGCUUGGGCAUCGUGCCAGGGAGAAGGCUGCCCUGCAAGGAAGUCACUGGGGCCCCCGCAGUCUGCAAUGGGGUACUUCAAGGAAUCCUAGCUUUUGCAGAUGGAUGUGUUUUGAGAGCGGAUGUUGGCAUCUAUACCAGAAUCUUUAACUACGUACCCUGGAUUGAAAAUACAAUUCGUAACAACUGAGCUCCCAUGGCUGGAACUCUGGGCCAUUCGAUGCAGCCCGUACCCAUGUCCAGCCUCAGAGUCGAAUCUAAAUAGACGCCUUGGGUUGCACCCUGCAUCCCUGUCUCUCCUGCCCGCAGAGAGGGGGACGGGUACACACCUGUGCGGUGACUA